AGUGUUCAUGGACGUUGAAUGAGACGCAUACAAGUUAGAAGCUCUUCAAAGUUCAGAAGAAAGUUAAUUUUAUUACAUUUGAAGACAGAAUGUCAGACGAGGAGGAAGAAAUCCCAGACUUGGUCCCUGCCACACUAGAGAGGGUACCCAUCACCAUCAUCACAGGAUUCUUAGGGGCUGGUAAAACUACACUACUGAAUUACGUCCUGACAGAGCAGCAUGGGAAGAGGAUCGCAGUUAUCAUGAAUGAGUUUGGGGAAGGGGAUUCAAUAGAGAAGUCGAUGUCUGUAGGACAGGAGGGGGAACUGUAUGAAGAAUGGCUUGAACUCAGGAACGGGUGUCUGUGCUGCUCUGUCAAGGACAAUGGAGUGAAGGCCAUAGAGAACUUGAUGACCAAAAGAGGGCGCUUUGACUAUGUUCUUUUGGAGACCACUGGAUUGGCAGAUCCUGGCCCUAUAGCAUCCAUAUUUUGGUUAGAUGAAGAAUUGUGUAGUGAGAUAUUUUUAGAUGGUGUCAUCACUAUGGUGGAUGCUAAACAUUGUAUGAAGCACCUACAAGAAGUUAAGCAAGAUGGUUCUACAAAUGAGGCCACAAGACAGGUGGUGCUAGCGGAUGUGAUUAUAAUAAAUAAGACAGAUCUGGUAAAUUCUGAGGAGUUACAGAGAGUUAAGUCCCAUAUAAGAUCGAUAAAUAGUCUAGCAAAAUUAAAAGAGACAACACAGGCAAGGACAGACUUGGACACCAUUCUGGAUCUGAAUGCUUAUGAUGGCAGGAGUAAAACUGGUUUGGAGGAGUUGUUCCAGGAGAGAGGAUUCAACAAAGACAGGGAACACAGGAUUGAUCAGAAUGUGACGACCUUUACAUUGGAGUUCACUGGGGAUGUGGACAAACAGAAGUUAGAUAAAGUACUACAGGACAUACUGUGGGACAGAGACCUCAUCAAUUCUAAAGGAGAAAAACAGGAAAUCUACAGACUUAAGGGUUUAAUAUCUGUGGCCGGUGAUGAAAGACGAAUGGUUGUCCAGGCUGUUCACGAGUUGUACGAUUCAUUUUUUACCAACAACUGGGAGGAUGACACCAAAAGAAUCAACAGAAUUGUUUUAAUAGGUAAAAAUUUAGAGAGAGAAUCUUUGGAAUCCAGACUUAACGUGUGCAAACCAUCCACCCAGAGCUCUUGAUGUUCUGCCAGAGAGGGAAUUAGCUGAUUACAAUGAGGUUUAUUGUUCCAGGCCCUGGAUUGAGUGGUGACCGAAGAGAUUUAAUUGUUCUUUAGAGUUCGGUGUCCAUUACACUUACAAAAACAUGGAUUGUUCACAUGGAUUUAUUUACUUUGAAUAUGGACAAUACACUCGGCAAAUAAGCAUUAUACUAAUGCUUAACAAAUGAAAGACUGAAUGUAAAUCAUAGUUUGUCAAGUAAACAAAUAAAACAUUUAGCACUCA